AUGCCACGAGGAUCCGAAUACAGCGACGAAAAGCGCGCAGCCGCAUUAAUCAUGUUUCUCAUCCACAAUGCCUCACACAGCGACGUGGAAGCCAAAACCGGCGUCUCCAAGACCGCCAUACGCCAACUCUCGUCACGCGCGCACAAGGCUGGCAUAGACAGGACAAGCAUAGAAGAGUUGAUAGUGUUCGCACGUACAAAGCCUAGGAAGGGCCGGCCACGAAGGGACGCUACGAAAGCAGUCAAGCCAUCACCGUCAGAGGGACACCAAGGCGAUGAGACGACGCAGUCGCUUCAGAGCAACACGGUAGCGGCCAACGCAGAACCUAGCGAACGACCGGCAGCUACGACUGCUAUGGCGACUUCGAGGACGGCCAGUGGUGAGGACCUGUUUCGGGUCAUCAAGAGCUGGGAGCAAUGCAAGAACCAGGCGAUAGACGCGUCUUAUGCUGGAGUCGCCAAAGAGCAAACAUGA